AUGAAUUCAUCAAUAACAAAAAGUGAGAUUAAUCGUAUUCCAGACAAUAAUCUCCAAUGCUUGUUAAACUCGAAGAAACUUCACUUAAUCCUUGACUUAGACCACACCCUAGUCCACUCGAGAAUGUUGCACAAACUCACGUCUACGGAGAAGGAAACUAUUGACUCGAACACGAACUCGAACUCAAUUGAGGAUAAUGUUUAUAAGAUUUGCGGUGGUAAUUGUGUGGUGAAGUUAAGGCCGGGUGUACGUGAAUUUAUUACGUUGGUUAGCUCGAUGUUCGAGUUGUCGAUAUACACCAUGGGAAGUCGGUAUUACGCGCAACAAGUGCACGAGUUGCUUGUGUCUAAAGCCGGGUUUCCGAGUAAUUGUUCGAUUGUUGUGAGGGAGGAUUGUGUAAAGGAGAGGCGAAAGGGGUUUGAUAAUGUUGUGUUAUCACAUGAACAAGUUGUUGUAAUAGUGGAUGAUACGGAGAAAAUUUGGGAGGAAUCUUGUAAGAGAAAUCUUUUGAAAAUUGGCGGGUAUAAUUACUUUCCAAUUAAGGAAGGGUUUGAUGAUCAAGAAGUAGUGGACACGGAACUUGCGAGGGUUUUUCGGGUUUUGAUGUUGGUUCAUACUUUGUUUUAUGAUGAUAGUUUUGUGAUCAACAAUGGUUGGUCUCGGGACUAUGGUUCGAGGGACGUGAGGGAUGUGCUCGAAGCGGUUUUGAUUAGCUCGGUUUCGGGUUGUGGAGAUAAAAGGGGUGAUGCUGUGUGUAGCAAAAAGAGGUCGAGAGAUAGUACUAUAGCUUGUGUUCAGACAGAAGUGAAAAGAAGCAGGACAUCAGUUGAUUAUGUGGUUGAUUCUGUUCAAUUGGCAAGUGUAGUACAUUAA